UGCCCUCCUGCCCGUCUCCUAGGCCACUAAACCCAGCUGUCCCCUGGAGUAAAGUUGCAGGCACUGCAGAGCCAGUGAGAGCCACCACCUCAGGGACAGCUAUGGCCCGAGGGGCGACUACACCGCUGCUGCUCCUGCUCAUGUGGGGAGUCGCGGUGUGGACCGCGCGGCCCAGGACGCAGCCGCGGACGGAGUUUCUCAACGUCUGCAUGGACGCCAAGCACCACAAGGAAAAGCCGGGCCCCGAGGAUAAGCUGCACCAGCAGUGCAGUCCCUGGAAGAAAAAUGCCUGCUGCUCCGUCAACACCAGCCAGGAAGCCCACCAGGAUACUUCCUACCUGUAUAGAUUCAACUGGAACCACUGUCCCGUCAAGAUGACACCAGAGUGCAAGCGGCACUUCAUCCAGGACACCUGCCUGUAUGAGUGCUCCCCCAACCUGGGGCCCUGGAUCCAGCCGAUCGACCAGAGCUGGCGCAAAGAGAGGAUCGUGGACGUGCCGCUGUGCAAGGAGGACUGCGAGCGCUGGUGGGAGGACUGUCGCACCUCCUACACCUGCAAGAGCAACUGGCACAAGGGCUGGAACUGGACCUCAGGCUCUAACCAAUGCCCAGUGCAGGCCGCUUGCCACCCCUUCGACUUCUACUUCCCCACCCCGGCUGCCCUGUGCAAUGAAAUCUGGAGUCAUUCCUACAAGAUGAGCAACUACAGCCGAGGCAGUGGCCGCUGCAUCCAGAUGUGGUUUGACCCAGAGCAGGGCAACCCCAACGAGGAGGUGGCCAGGUUCUACGCGGAGGCCAUGAGCGGCGCUGAGCUCAGCAGGGCCCCUCUUCUCUUCUUGCUUGGCCCUGCCCUGACGCUGCUCUGGCUGCUUCUCUGAGCUCCCGGCGCCUUCAGACCUGGACAGCCCUGCCCCAUCCCUCCACCCGCAGCUCUCAGCCCUUCAGCUCUAGAGCCACGCGUGGAUCAGCCUUGUGAAUAAACC